UUUUUGCUACAUUUUAAUAGGAGCUGAAAUGAGUUCAAUACCUUUACUUUUGUACGGGAUUUUGGUGGUUGAAGGGCUGAUACUUCUGCCAGCCAUCUCCGGUAUGCCAACUUCUACACAGGCUUUUCUUUCCCAAGAAAAUCGCCUCUUAGAAUCAGAGAACCCUGCUAUAAUCGUCCUCUUUAUUAACAAAGACCAAAACUUGCUCGUUGAGCAAUGAGAUAUACAAGAAGGGCAAAGCCAGAACGAAUCCAAUCUGUUGAGCAUCAAAUUAAAAGAAAAUAUACCAUGAGAAAUGAAUCUACAAGAGAAAUUCAUGAGGAUACAAGAAAUAAAUCUUGAAAAUGAUGACGUCAAGAAGAAAACACUAGAUAUUUAUUCUAUGAAACAUGAUGGGAAACUGAAAUUAUUGCAGAGAGAUAAUUCUUCAGAACACAAUAUAAGAAUCGAAGACUCGAAAAGAAUUUACCUCUACUCAUCUUUAAAUGAGAAGAUUAAUAUCAAACUAACCAAAAAGGAUAGAAUUAUACGGUCACUUCAAGAAGAAAAGGAUGAACACAACAAUUUACUCAUACGAAUAAUCUUCAUUCUCCUAAAAUUCUAUUUCAUAGCAGGGAUCCUGAUGCUGGUUGUAUGGAUCUUCAUGACAUGAAUCAGGUUCAAUCAAAGACUUGUCCAAUGGAGGGUUGCUAAGUUCAAUUCCGAACAGUUAAAAAUAUCUAGCAUAUCCAAACACCUAUACCACGACUCCUCCACAAUAAUCUCUCAUGGCGAAGAAUCAAAAGUUUCUGACUCAGACCAAAGCUCUAACCACAAGAGAGAAAGUACAGGUAGACCUCUGGAACAAGACUCUUGUCCUGACUCUUCAGCCAGUGAAGUACCUUCACAACCCACGCUUAGUAAUCCAGGCUUAGGGCUAGCAAAGAACAUAAUUAUGAGUGCUUUCAAAGAAAAGACCAUUACACUUCAAGAGCGAACACCCAACGAGCCAUAAUAUUAGCAUC